CCCCUCACCAGGCUUCAGCCAUGAAGAUCCAUUACCUUCUCUUUGCAUUUCUCCUGGUGCUGCUGUCUCCACUUGCAGGUGUCUUUAGCAAAACAAUCAACAAUCCAGUAAGUUGCUGUAUGAUUGGAGGCAUAUGCAGGUAUCUGUGCAAGGGCAACAUUCUUCAGAAUGGCAGUUGUGGAGUUACUAGUCUCAACUGCUGCAAGAGAAAAUAGAGAAGAAGUCAAAGAUCCAGUGAACCAAAGAAAACAAUUUGCACCUCCAUGAAGAUGAACAAAACAUAAACUAAAUUAAAGUUCCUUGAUUAAAUGCAAACGCAUGUUGGUAA